AUACCUUAGAAUGAAUUACUGGUUUUAUGAUAUCUGAGAAAUUUUCUUGAGGACCAAAGCCAAAAAAUGAUACCUCUCUUCAGAAAACGACAGAAGGAAGAUGAAACCUCACCCUUCUUCUUUGAGAAUGGAGGUGCCCUGCUAGAGGAGUUAAUGGCUUCUUUUGGUGGGAGAUAUGAAAAUCCAAUUCGAACCUUUUCGCUGAAAGAACUCCUUGGAGCAACGAAGGACUUCACAGAAAAAGUCUUCCUGGGAGACAGUGGAUGCAUGUUUCGAGGUUCUCUUGGAGAAAAACAAAUCUUUGUCAAGAGAUUCUGCGCAUAUGAAGCCAUCAGCCCUCAUGUUUUCCGUGGACCUAUUCGUGAUAUAGCCGUUUCUUCGCAGAUGAGCCACGUCAAGAAUAUCCUGAAGCUUAGAGGCUGCUGCCUGGAAUUGAAAUUUCCUGCUUUGGUGUAUGAAUGCUCUGCAACUCAGCUGCUUGCUGAACUCCUCUAUUACCCAGACGAUGAGAAACUGUUAUCUUGGAAAAGCAGAAUGCAGAUAGCAAAGGGCAUUGCCAAUGCAAUUGCUUAUCUGCACAAUGCAUUUGCUACACCUAUAGUCUAUAGGAACUUAAAGCCGUCUACAGUCAUCUUAGACAAGGAUGGUACUCCUAAACUAUUUGAUUUCUCCCUCUCCGUAAAGCUUCCUCCAGGAAAAUCACAGGUAGAAGACGUUGUAAUGGGCACAUGGGGUUUUGUAGAUCCUGAACACUUGGAAUCAGGCAUUGUUACUGAGAAAACUGAUGUGUACAGCAUGGGUGUGCUCCUACUGGUGCUUUUAACUGGAAAAGAAGCCAUGUGCAAGAAUCAUGGAGGUGAAAAAAAUUUGGACGGAAGGAAAUGUAAUGCAAGACAAGCAUUUUCAAGCUUUCUUGGACCUUGCAAUGAUGUGUACUCAGACGAAGGCACCCAAUAGGCCUGAUAUGAUUCAAGUUGCUAAAGAGCUCUGCAAGAUAGAGAAUUGUGCUAACCACGGUCAGCUUUAAGUAGAAAGCACUGCAGGAUGGAGGUUCAGAACUAGGGCAUGAACUAGCUGAAUUGGAAGCUAUAUCAUUAGGUACGGA